AUGUCGUUCAAGACUCUCUUGCCCCUCCUGGCGCUCGCCGGCGCGGGAUGGGGCUGGCAGCACAAGACCGAGGCCGAGGUCCGCGAUGCCCUCAAAUCGAACGAGUUCAGCCUGGUGGCGUCCCUUGAGCAGCACUGGUCCUCCGUCGAGGAGGACAUCCCGACCGCCUUCUCGGUCGACUGCCCGUCCACCGCCUCGCUGUGCGCCGACCUCGACGUCGCCUCGUUCCCCGCCAUCCGGCUGUACCACCAGGACGGCACGAAACACCACUUCCGCGGCCCCAGAAAGGCUUCCGAAAUCACCGCCUUCGUCCGCCGCAUGCUCCGCCCCGCCGUGACGCCCCUCGACGACAAGAAGGCCGUCAACUCCUUCCGUGACGCCGACGACGUCGUCGUCGUCGCCCACCUCGCCGCCUCCGAGGAGGGCCUGCGCGAGCGCUUCGCCGAGCUCGCCGCCCGCCGCCGCGACCGCCACACCUUCGGCCUCGUCACCGUCGACGAGGCCCCCGGCCGCGUCGCCUGCUACAACAACCCGGACGGCGCCUUCCACAUGACCUCGGAGCUGGACGCCCCCGGCGCCAUGGACGAGAUGCUGCGCAAGUGCGCCUCGCAGCUGGUCCCGCGUCUGACGCGCCGCAACGAGGCCGAGCACCUGAGUACCGGAAAGUCGCUGACGUACUUCUUCUCCCGGAACGAGGGAACCCUCGACGCCUGGACGUCCGCCGUCAAGUCCCUGGCCCGCAAGUACCACAAGUACAUCACCUUCGUCACCGUCGACCUCGGCGAGUACCCCGAGAUGCCGGCCCUCUUUGGCCUGCCGGCGGACGCGGCCGAGGGCGUCGCCGUGCACAACCCGACCGUCGGCAUGGCGUUCCCCUUCAAGGGCGGCGAGAUCACCGUCGAGGCCGUCGAGCAGCACAUCAUCGACAUCUCCGAGGGUAACGCCGACGCGUGGCAGGUGGGCGAGCCGGGGCCGGAGGAGGAGAAGGAGGAGGAGGAGGAAGAGGCGGUGGUGGUGCAGGAAGAGGUGCAGAAGGCGCAGAAAGAAAGCGAGGACGAGAGGGCGGCGGCUCAAGAGGACAAGAAGGCCGAGGAGUCCGAUGUGGCUGGCGAGGAGAAGUCCGCGGCGCACGACGAGCUCUGA